CCCCCCUACUCCUACCAGCAGCAGGCGGGCGCUUACUCCCCGCAGGCCCUUCCGUCGCGCCAGCAGCAAGGCGUGUACUUUCCCCAACCGCAGCCACAGUACCUGCCAGCUCACAUUGGCACAGCGGUCCGGAGCAGUUUGAUGACCAUGAAUGCGCUCGAGGCCCGCGAGUAUUUGGCCUCCAUGGCGGUGCAGCAGAUCGAGUACUAUUUCUCGGUGGACAACCUUUGUCGCGAUACUUACCUUCGUGCCCAUCUCGACGAGGAGGGCUGGGUGCCCUUAGCGCUCAUUUGCAAUUUCCCCACCGUGGCCAGCUUUGCGGCCGACUACUCGGAGAUCGUUAAAACGCUGCAGGAGGCCUCCUCCGUCCUCGAGUACGACGAGGCGAACGAGACGCUGCGCCUGAAAGAGAAGGCGACGGCCUGGCUCCUUCCCAACGGGCGCGGAGGCAUGGGUUGCCCUCGGUGGUUGAAACAAGCGCCCGACACGCCCCCGCAGGAAUCCAAGCUCCCUCCGGUCGUGCUCCCUAACCCCGAGGCCGGCGGCGAGAAGGGUGAGGUUGCCGAGAAGAAGGCCGACAGCGAGGGCCCACGGCAACCCGUCACCCCCGUCACCCCUCUGUGCUCCCUCUCCUUUUCUUCCUCCGCGUACUCCAGCUCCUCUUCCACCACGUCCCCCAGCACUUCUCAACCUGAGAGCAGCGACGAUGACGAGGACGUGGACCGGAGUCCUUCCUCUUCGUCGCAGAGGGAGGUCGACAUCCAAGCUGACGGCAACAGCAAUACGAGAAAGGGAGAGAUGGAAAAGCGCAGUGUCUCCGUCGUCAAGGAUGUAUGA